AUCCACCCAUACAGUUCCAACGAUAUUAUUCUCCGCCGUACAGCCUGAACAAUCGCCACGCCACGGAGUACUGGCCUUCACCCCUCUUACAAUGGCCACCCCCCAGGCAGCAGGCACGUCAAGUGUCCUCACCCAACUCCCCGUCCGCCUCCGCAAUUUCUUCGCCCGCUACCCUCCCCAACACUACUCCGCGGCCGUCACACCACCAGCAGAGAUCCCAACUCCCACGCCUACAGAAACAGAACCCCUUCCUUCCCCAUACACACCGAACAGAGACGCAAAGGGCUACAAGCAUGAGGACCCGAAACUCUCGCCAUCGCGGGCCCUCCUCCAAUCCAACUCGAAAUACCCGAACCCAUUUCUCCCACGCAAGAACUACCGCACGGGGAAAUGGAUGGGCCCUCGCUUUGGACUGCGUCAGCAGGCGGAACUCGUGAAGCUCGCUAUAAGGUAUAAUGUUGAGGGAUUGCUGCCGCCGGGCACGAAAAGCACCGAGUAUAAGGAGACGAGACGCGCGGAGCGCGGAUUGCAAGUCAAGGGUACUGGUGUUGGACAGAAGGUUAAGGGUCACAAGUGGGAGAGGACGAUGGAGGGUAGACUUGAGGAUAGGAGGAAGGCUAUGAUGGAGAUGCCGGAGUUGAUUCGGUUGUGGAAGCAGAGAGGUCACGGCCGUGGGUGGAAGAAGUGGCCCAAGAGGUGAGCUGCUCGCGUUUGUGUUGGAUUGGUUGUAUAAUGUACUAUCUACGGUUUAUUUUCGGGUCCUCGGUUGUACAGUUCACUGAAGGAGAAUUUGGCUUGCACGAGGACACAGAUUUUACAAUAUUCGUUUCCGUUUUCGCUAGCAUGUACUGUACCAAUAGAUAUUUACCUGAUUUUAUAUACGGACUCGUGUGCAACACACCACUUUACCUGCUACAGGAGCGUGAUUCCUACCUAACUAUCUUGGUGAUAAGG